AUGAAGUAUUCAGUGCUCUCAAUGGCGGCUCUUAUCGCCCCUGCCUUGGGAAAUCCAGCCUACUACUGGCGGCAUUACCUCUCUGGUCCAAUCCAUCUUGCCAAUGCUGGUACUGUCUAUAUCCAAAACAAGGCCCCCUUUGACGUCGAUGUGGAUGUAGAACCACAGGGAGAUCAAUUUAAUAUUCCGCCUGGGCAGCACCACUCAGUUCCAGGCGCACUGGUUGCGGAUGUGAAAUUUAACCAACAGGUAGAAGUGAGCUAUGUCUCUGGUGAUCAAGGCACGUUUAACUAUGUCAUUCAGCCAAUUGGCAAUGGCUUUUCUGGAUGUGUUCGUGUUUCACCAGAUGGAUGUAAUUCUCUGCAUUGGUGUGCUGGACAACCUGCAACACAUCCAGUGACCUGCAAAGCUGGCACUGAGCUCCCUGUCACCUUGUAUCAGCCUAGCGAUAUGAGGAAGUCUCCACAUGAAUUCCUGCUGUGA